AUGAAUGCAGUCAAUAUUGAUGAAGCUUUAGCUUGUGCAAGGGCUUUAGAUGAAGAGCUUAAGUCAGGCCAUAAGCGAGGACCAUUCCAUGGGAUCCCCAUUAGUGUAAAAGAUAUGAUUCAGGUCAAAAAUUUCCCAGCUACAAGAGGCUUUACAAUGCUCAGUUAUAAUUUACAAAACGAAGACUACUUAAUAAUUGACGCACUACGGAGAGGAGGGGCAGUAUUUUAUGUGACUGGAACUGUACCUUAA